GGAGCGCCCCAGCCGAGCUCUCUCAGACUCUCAGGACCACCAUCUGACUGAGAAAAGUCAAUCACGACAGCCUCGAGGCAGAAAGUUUCCACCCAAUUGGCCUUCAUGGCACAGACAAUUCUCGAUGGGAAGGGUAUAAACACCCGAACGGGUGAUAUGCAUUAUCCCGAGCUCCUUCUGCUUCGACCACCUCUCGUAGGCAGUAGCUAGCCCCCCGGGUUGCAGCUCUCUUCUUCAUCCUAGAGGAGGAUAAGCUGCUGCUAUCACGGACAACGCGACUCAGGCAUUAAUAUCGCGCGGAAAACACAACCGGCCUCCGGGGUUCACAAGACUGGCCCUGGCCUCGUUUUUUCCAUAUCGUUUCAUUGGCCUGAGGUGCGUGGAUGAUGGAGUCCUCAAAUACCAGGGCACGGAGUAGUCGUCGAGACAAGCAAUUAUCACGAUCACAUUCUACAACUCGUCCAUCCGUUUCCACCAGUGUCUUUCGAUUCCGGAUGCCUACUGUCUUUAACAUAGUUAGGGCAAGUCUGUACGCGGCCGUAUUAAUAUGGACGAUUAUCUGCCUGGCCAUUGCGGUGCACUUUCAGAACAUCCUGGUAUCUUCAGACCUCACUCAUUUCAUUCCAUUCGCUAUCUUUGUAUGCAGCGCUAGCUUGUUGCUUAUGAUUGCGCUACUCGGUUUUGGCAUUUGGCGGGACCGUAAUCCUAUAUCUACAAGGGUAGAGCUAGGUUGUCUAGGGCUUACUGCUGUACUCUGGCUUGCUCUGGGUGCCUUCCUUGCCUCGUCUGAGUCCGAAGGGGCCGAUGUGGAAUGCUUCUCUUCAUCGGACACAAGUGAACCCUUCGACAUGCCAGGAUUCAACACGGAGACCUAUCAUGCCCAAUACCGUGUACUGGAAGCAUUUUCGUUCUUCAACAUUAUACUUAUUUGGUUAUGGUUGCUCUCGUUAUUGGGCUUAGCCAUUCGCCACCAUCGAUGGGGAAACAGGACCGUUUGGCUCACGUCGGUCACAGCAUUCCCUUGGUUCGGGGGACCAUAUGCGCAAACAGGAAAACUGAAUGCGCUCCCUGUACCUGCUACCGCACAAAGAAGCAAGUCUGGUCGUUCACAGCGUUCACAAUCAAGGGGCCUUGGGGCUCCUGCUUUGCCUGAAAAGGAAGAACUUCGACCAGCACCUCGACGAAUUCAUACUGGCCGACCUGAGCCUACUCGUAACGAAGCACCGACAUACGUUUACUGGAUGCCACAUUCGAAACCAGAUCCGGCCCACGUAAGAUCGAACUCCUCACGAACACAAACUCGGGACAAGUAUCACAGAGAUGCUUCACCCCGGCGGUGAAGUUGAUGACCUUUCACGAGGCAAAUGUUACGACGUUAUUAGAUGGGAAUACACGAAUGACAAUUCCUUUAUGUAUCAUUGGGAGCAUUGUAACACUGUAACUAUAGACAACCCUCAUUUGAAGAACAAGCUUGUGUUUCCUGUGUCCUC